AUGGACCGCGCCCUCGAUCGUAGUCUUGACGAGAUCCUUGAGGAGCGCAAGCAGAACAACAGAAGUUCUCGCGGCGGCCGUCGCCGCGACAGAUCCGAUUACCCCAGAGAUGGCGUCAGAAAGUCCUUCAGAGAUGACGCACCGCGGAACCUUGAUUCCGAAUGGGUCCACGACAAGUUUGAAGAUUACGGUACCCGCCGCUCUGCUCCCAGACGCAGAUAUUCUCCCGAGCCGACCAGCGAAACCAGGGGCACCAAGCUCAGGGUAGACAACCUUCACUACGAACUGACCCAAGAAGACCUCGAGGACCUCUUUUCCCGCAUCGGCCCCCUCAUCAGCCUCGAGAUGAAGUACGACCGCGCCGGCCGCUCUGAGGGUACCGCCUUCGUGACGUACGAGUCCCGCCGCGACGCCCUGCAGGCCAUCCGGGAGUACGACGGCGCCAACGCCGCCGGCCAGCCCAUCAGGCUGACCCUGCUGCCCGGCGGGCCGUCGGCCGGCGCCUCGAGGGGGGGAGGCCGGUCCGGCGGCAACCAUCCGUUCGACUCGUCCGCCAACGCCGGCCGCCCGCUCGCCGAGCGCAUUACGGUGCCCGGGCAGGGCAGGUCCCGCUCGCUCUCGCCACACCGGAGGGGGCCAGGUGGCGGCGGCGGCAGGGACUCGGAUGAGGAGGCUGCGCGCAGGGGGGUGGAUCGGUAUCGGCCCCGCGGAGGCGGCGGAUCCGGCAGGCUCAGUAGGUCUAGGAGUCCCAUUGGUGGUCGGGGUGGAGGAGGCAGGCGGAGGGAUGGUGGUGGUGGUGGUGGUGGUGGUGGAAGGAGGUCGGGUGCCCGGGGUAACCGUGGCGGCGGCGGUGACCGGAGCGGGCGGCCCAAGAAGACGCAGGAGGAGUUGGAUGCCGAGAUGGAGGACUACUUCAACAGCGGUAGCGGUGGAGGCGGUGGCGCUGCGCGGCAGAGUGAGGGUGCUGCGGCGGGCGCUGCGGCGGGCAUCAAUGGGGCUGUUGCGCAGCAGCAGCAACAGCAGAACCUGGGCGAGGACAUUGACAUGAUUGAGUGA